CAACUAAUCGUGCUCACUGCUUGAAGACUUCAUUUUGUAUUGUUUUGCGAUUUUUUUCGCAACGCAUUCAUUAAUACGCAUCAGACUCAGUGUGCAAGGUCUCUGUGCGUGACGAAUUUUUAGGAUUGCGAAUACGAAAAAACGUAUGCGAAAGUUUCGGACUCCGUGUGCAAAGGCCUUAAGGCAGCAGGUGUAGCUUUUAUUUAUCAUAGAAUCCAAUCCUGAAAAAAAAUCAUAUAAAUAUUAAGCAGCACAACUGUUUUCACAUUGAUAACUAUAAGAAAUGUUUCUUGAGCAGCAAAUCAGCAUAUUAGAAUGAUUUCUGAAGGAUUAUGUGACACUAAAGACUGGAGGAAUGAUGCUGAAAAUUCAGCUUUGAUCACAGAAAUAAAUUACAGUACAUGCACUUUCAAUGUACUUGGAGUACUUACCAACAAAAGCACUGAGACUGAACAGGAACACUCAUCCCAGUCCCCUGUCUCUGUAUUAAUUUGGGUGUCCAGUAUGUCCAUGUCGCCCACCUCAUUACAACUGAAGCAUGUAUCUCUGGGGGUGCUGGUACUGCAGACCACCUCUUUGGUGUUGACAAUGCGUUAUUCCCGCACGCUGCAUUCUGAAGGUCUGCGUUACCUGGCAUCAUCUGCCGUAGUGUGUGCUGAAGUUCUUAAGAUUAUUGCAUGCUUGCUGCUCGUCUUUAAAGAUCAAAGUUUCAGUGUUCGUGCACUGAGUCGGGUGUUGAAGGAGGAAAUAAUCAACAAGCCUCUGCUGACGCUGAAGUUGGCAGUUCCUUCAGGCAUCUACACCCUGCAGAACAACCUGCUCUACGUGGCUCUAUCAAAUCUAGAUGCAGCUACCUAUCAGGUUACAUAUCAGCUGAAAAUUCUCACUACAGCCCUGUUCUCCGUGUCCAUGUUGGGCAAAAGACUUGGCAUUUACCAGUGGCUCUCACUAGUCAUUCUGAUGGCUGGCAUUGCACUUGUCCAGUGGCCAACUGAAGUCACAUCAAGCGAACAGCAACAGGAUCUGACUGCCAGCUCUCAGCUGAUGGGACUGCUGGCGGUGCUUGUGGCCUGCUUCUCCAGUGGAUUUGCUGGCGUUUAUUUUGAAAAGAUCCUCAAAGAGAGCAAGCAAAGUGUCUGGGUCCGUAAUAUUCAGCUAGGUUUAUUUGGACUCAUUUUUGGACUUGGCGGAGUGUUUGUGUAUGACGGAGAAAGAGUGCAGAAAAAUGGACUCUUUCAAGGGUACAACAAUGUGACGUGGGCUGUGGUGGUUCUUCAGGCUUUGGGUGGGUUGGUCAUUGCAGCUGUCAUUAAGUAUGCAGAUAACAUCCUGAAGGGCUUUGCCACAUCCAUCUCAAUCAUUCUGUCCACCCUCAUCUCUUAUUUCUUAUUAGAGGAUUUUGACCCUACAAGCCGAAGACCUUCCCACCCUAAACUCAAACCAGUGGUUGUGUCAAUGUUGCUGUAACUGGUUGGUGUGUUCUUCUUGGGUGCGAUGCUGGUUAUCGCUGCUACGUUUCUCUACGGGUAUGACAACACAUCUGAGGUCAACUCCAGUAAAGUAUAGAAGACUGGACAGAAAAUGAUAAAUGACCCUGCUUUCCUGUAGCUCAGUGGUUAGAGCAUGGCACUAGCAAUGCCAAGGUCAUGGGUUCGAUCCCAGGGAUUGCACAUAGAUACUAAAAAAUGUAUAGUAUAAUGCAAUGUAAGUCGCUUUUUAAAAGCGUCUGCCAAAUGCAUAAAUGUCAAAACAAUCAUCAAGGAACAUCUGCUAAGAUACUCUGCUUCAGAUGAAAUUCAGGACAAGAGAACCAGUGAUAUUUUAAGGGUGCUAUUAGAAGGUAGCACACAAAAAACCAAGUGAACCUAAGAUCCAGAACUUGAAUUGUACCCUGUGUUCCACAUCAUUUAAUCAUAACAACACAGACAAUGUAGCGCUAUGAUGAGACCACAACUACUUCAGACUCUUUAAGGUGGCAGGAUUGUUUGUUACACUCAGCUGAGGACAUUUAAGGACUUCAUAUGAAAUAUGUUUACAUAUAAUGAGGGAUCUCUGUGACAGAGCUUCACAAGUUACACACGUUACAGUUUGCAUAUUUAUUUUGUGUGCCAUACGUGGGAUUGUUUUACUUGAAUGUAUCCUUUGAGAAGCCAAUACAAAGGUGUUCCUAAAAAGUCUUCCUGUCAUAUUCUGGUAAUAAAAACAUUUUCAUUCUCAAA